AUGGCGCGCCCGUCUCUGUUUGUGCAGCGCGGCCGUAAUGAAAACACGGACGAGGAGAUAAAUUCGCACGGGCGUCGCUCGACAAGCGCUCCGCUCGGCCCUCAGCCUGACCCCCCCCCCCGCCUCAGCCACGGCUCUCUCCGGGACACGCUGGGGGGGUCCUGGCGUUCACCCCCAACCCCUGACAACCCCAGCAUCCUCCAGCACUUCCUGUCCGAGAGCACAGGCCAUCCCGCGGAGCUGCAGUUACUGAUCGAAGUGGAGGGAGAGCAGCUGGUCCUGGCUGUAGAGAAAAAUGAGGGGCUGUUUGCAAGUCAUUACACCGAAACGCACUAUCUGGAGGAUGGAAGCGCAGUCACCGCCACUCAGAAUUUUACGGUAAACUGCUACUACCACGGCGAGGUGCAAGGGCACCCGCAUUCCGACGUUAGCCUCAGCACCUGCGCUGGUCUCAGGGGAUUCAUCGCACUUGAAAGCAAAGCCUUUGUCCUGGAGCCGGCCUUCGAUCCAGACAACGGGACUCACUUGAUUUACAGAGGGGAAAGCCUCCACCUCUCCUCAGGCACUUGUGGCCAUGGACACAACAUAUCAGCGGCCUUCCCAGACAGCACAGGAAGUGCAUUCCCAUCCUUCAGCACCAGGCACAAAAGACACGCCCAGAAGAGCACGAAGUACGUGGAACUGAUCAUCGUAGCAGACAACAGAGAGUUUCAGAAGCAAGGGAAAGACGUGGAGAGGGUGAAGCAGCGGCUGGCAGAAAUCGCCAACUAUGUGGACAAGUUCUACAGAGCUCUGAACAUCCGCGUGGCCCUGGUGGGCCUGGAGGUGUGGAGCGAUGUGGACAAGUGCUCCAUCACUCAGGACCCCUUCACCACCCUGCAUGAGUUCCUGGACUGGAGGAAACUCAAGCUACUGCCCCAGAGGCCCCAUGACAAUGCCCAGCUGGUCAGCGGAGUCUACUUCCAGGGCACUACCAUCGGCAUGGCGCCCAUUAUGAGCAUGUGCACAGCGGAACAGUCCGGGGGCAUCGUCAUGGACCAUUCUGAUAACCCACUGGGGGCAGCGGUGACCCUGGCUCACGAGCUGGGACACAACUUCGGAAUGAACCACGACACGCCGGAGAGGGGGUGCGGCUGCCGGAUGACAGUAGACCGGGGAGGCUGCAUCAUGACCCCUUCCACCGGGUACCCCUUCCCCACAGUGUUCAGCAGCUGCAGCAAGAAGGACCUGGCCGCCAGUCUGGAGAAGGGCGUGGGCAUGUGCCUCUUCAACGUUCCCGAAAUCAAGGUGCUCUACGGGGGGCAGAAGUGCGGCAACGGCUACGUGGAGGAGGGCGAGGAAUGUGACUGCGGCGAGCUGGAGGAGUGCAUGAACCCCUGCUGCAACGCCACCACCUGCACUCUGAAGGGCGAUGCCGUCUGCGCACAUGGACAGUGCUGCGAAGACUGCAAGCUAAAGCCUGCGGGCACACCCUGCAGAGAGUCCAGUAACUCCUGUGACCUGCCCGAAUUCUGCACUGGCUCCAACCCUCACUGCCCCGCCAACGUCUACCUGCACGAUGGGCACGCCUGCCACAAUGUGGAUGGCUACUGCUACAACGGCAUCUGCCAGACCCACGAGCAACAGUGUAUUACACUGUGGGGCCAGGGAGCAAAACCAGCCCCUGGGAUUUGCUUUGAGAGGGUAAAUUCUGCCGGGGAUCCAUACGGGAACUGUGGGAAGGACACCAGAGGAUCCUUCGCCAAGUGUGAAGCACGAGAUGCGAAGUGCGGUAAAAUUCAGUGUCAAGGAGGGGCCAACAGGCCGGUCAUCGGAACAAAUGCCGUCUCCAUAGAAACGAACAUCCCACUGCAGGAAGGCGGUCGGAUUCUUUGUCGGGGGACCCACGUCUACCUGGGGGACGACAUGCCUGACCCGGGCCUGGUUCUGACCGGGACCAAGUGUGGACAGAACAUGAUGUGCUUGAACCGGCAGUGCCAGAAUAUCAGCGUGUUCGGGGUGCACGAGUGUUCGGGGAAGUGCAGCGGACGAGGGGUCUGUAACAACAAGAAGAACUGCCACUGCGAUGCACACUGGGCUCCACCCUUCUGCGACGCCUCCGGCUUCGGGGGCAGCGUAGACAGCGGGCCGAUGAGGCUGGCAGCAGACAGCAGGAGUGUGACAGUGGCAAUCCUGGUGACGAUAACGGUGCUUUUGGCUGCCGGCCUCAUUGUAUGCUUCAAGAGGAAGACUCUCGUCCGCCUCCUGUUCACCAACAAGAAGAGCACUAUCGAGAAGUUACGGUCUGUGGGUCCGAAUAGGCCAUCCAGCCCAAACCAACCGCACACAGCCUACAGAGCAUCACCACUAAGACAGUGUCCACCCAAGCCCCUGAGCUCCAGCAUAUACAAGCCAGCUCACCUGAGUGUGGAGCCUCUGCUCCCGUCUCCGGGCUUCCCCUCCCACAGCCUACGCCGGCUCCCCCAGUACCAGCCUGUCCACAUCAGCCACCCCAUCCCCCUGGCCCCACCCCCUGCUCCGCCCCCACACAGGGCCCCGUGCGGCCACUCCCCGUCUAGAGAAGUGCCCUUCUGCACCUUGCCUCGGCAGCACACCUACAGGAGGGAAGAGGACCCCGAAAAGCCCAGCCCACCCCAGAAACCCCUGCCUGCGGACCCCCUGGGGCGGGGGUCCCGCCUGGGCCGCAGUCACUCUGCCGUGGGCGCCCGAAUCCCCGUGCCCAUACCCAUCCCCAGUGUCCCCACUGUCCCCAGGCCUGUGCCUCCUGUCCCACAGCCAUCCAGACCUGCACCCAGACAACCCCUGGUCCUUCCAAAGCCUCAUGCCAUCGCUGACCCAAAGUAGAGGGGGGAACGGAC